AAGAGAAGAAGAAGAAGAAGAAGAAGAGUGCUGCCGCCCCCUACGACCGCCUACAAUUAGCAUGUAUAGCCGCCCUUUCCUGUCAUGUGACUUGUUGGAUUGUUUGGGACCGCGCGUCUUUCAGUGUUGGCGGGUAUCUGUAGACUGUAGUCUGCCUGUAGAGCCUCACAGCUGACAACAAACUUACUUUACCGCCCCAGAUACUCAUUAUCAAGAAAAUGUCUAACUGGACCAGAGGCAGACGGCGUGAAGCUCACAACAGCGAACAUGAAAAUGGAAGCUACGGACCGUCCCGGUGGUCCCACUGUAGGAAACGAGGGAUCGACGGAAGCCUGCGUGCCAACAAAGAGGCAGAUGGUGAUGCAAAAAACGGCGGGCACACUGACAGCAGCAACAGACACUCUGACAGCAGACAUGCUAGUUUCACCACUCCAGAGAGCACAGGCCCAGUGUCUCGCUGUGGUAGACGGGCUGACUGGGGCAGUCAGGUGGAGAAUGAUGAAAUGAAGAGGGACGUACACAGAGACAUGCAGCGUUACAGGAGGAGGAUACUGGGUGCAGAGGUCACCCAGAGAGAGAGAAGGACCUCCUCUGGCUCUUCUGGGAGCUGUGACUCAAGAGAGGGAGAAAACAUAGAGACUGAUGAGGCUGUGUUGCUACGGCGGCAGAAGCAGAUAAACUAUGGCAAGAACACACUGGCCUAUGACAGAUACAUCAAAGAAGUUCCAAAACACUUGCGUCAGCCAGGUGUUCACCCAAAGACUCCCAAUAAGUUCAGGAAGUACAGCCGUCGCUCCUGGGACCAGCAGAUCAAACUGUGGAAGGUCAAACUGCACGCCUGGGACCCCCCAACAGAGGAUGGUCAAGACAAAGUCCUUGAUAACAUUGAGGAGCUGGGUAUCGAUGAUGUAAUGGAUAUUGAGCUGGACUUCCCAAACUUGACAGACUCUCAGAAUGCCCCUGCCUCUCUUCCCACACACAGCCUUUCCCUGGAGGGUGAAGAUGACUGUUUGGGUACUCCAGUUAAAAUACAGAAGACCGAAACCACAGUGGAGCCUGACAUGGCAUAGCUGAUUGUGGAAAAGAAAAUUCAACAUGUUGACACACUUCUCAAAUGGGUCAGCCAUUUCUCCCCCGACACUUUCACUUGUCACAGCCCACCACGUUACCCAGAAUGACUCGGUUCCAGGUACCAGCAACUUGAUCUGCUCAAAGCAAUGCUGUAUCUGCAUAGCUGCACAAUGCUGUGUGUGUCUCAGCUUGAAGUUAUUAGUUCAACACUGUAACAUAUAUUUAGGUCUCUGUUUCCAUUCAUACUAGUGCUUAUUAAUCCAUAGGUUGGGACCGUUUACAGAUUCCUAAUCUGCUCAGGGAGUCUUCUUUUAUGGCAAGAUAUUACAGGUGCAUGCUUAAGCUUUGCGUCAGUUAAAUGGUUUAAGAUUUGGUGUUCACAAAAACACUUGUAGCACUGAUCUGUGGCCUGGUCGAGCAGACAUCCAGUUUUGUUGAUGUCCAUUAUCUGCAAAUGUUAAAUCACAUCCUGCUUGUACUUGCUAAAUAGAAUGCAAGAAUACAUAGAAGCUGGCCUGAACUGUAAGGUUUCUUCAAACUGUUUAAAUGAGUUAGGCAAACCAAAGUACUUUCCUUUUAAUGAUUCAUAUUGACAAUAUUAUUUUCCCAAGUAUGUACAAUUUUGAAUAUCGAAGAGCAUUAUUUCAGUAUAUUGGCUGUGAUUUGUUUUUAUAUAGGUUGUUUUUUUUAAUGCAAAUGUUAUUGUGUUUAUUGCUGUUUCCUUCAUGGUGAAGACUUUCAAAUAAUAAAAAAAAACUUGAAUGUC